AUGCUGCAGCAUAGAAUAUUUUACAAUGGACAUCAUUUAUUAAAGAACAAAUCGCAUUAUCAAAUAUCAUAUGUUCUUCGUCGUUUAGUUUCAUAUGAUCAACAUGAAUCACCUACAAUACCGCAUCAUAUUCAUCCAAGUCCAAUAUUACAAUUAACAGAUAAAAUUCCAUCAUCAUGUUAUAUUCUUAUUGCUGGUGGAGGAAUUAUUGGACAAUCAGUUGCUUAUCAUUUGAGUGAAUGUGGUAUUAGAGAUAUUGUAUUAAUCGAAAAAUCAAAAUUAGCUUCGGGGGCAACAUGGCAAAGUGCAGGUCAAGGAAUACAUGUACAAAAUACAUUAAUUCAAACACAUUUUACGAGAUAUUCAAGAGAAUUAUACGAAAAAUUAAAUAAUCAAGGACAUGAUAUUGGUUUUGUUGAAAAUGGUAGUCUAUGGAUAGCACAAACAGCAGAUCGAUUACAUACAUUAAAACGACAAUAUGCAACUAUAAAAGCUUUAGGAAUUGAUUGUGAAAUAUUAAAUGUCGAAAAAGUAAAAGAAAACCUUCCGAUUAUUUAUCCACAUGAAGUUUGGGGCGGUCUUUUAGUUAAAAAUGAUUUUAUGGUUGAUCCUGUACCACUUGCUUUAACAUUUGCUAAAUUAUCAAUAGAUAAUGGUGUUAAAAUUGUUGAAGAUUGUCAUGUUAAAGAAAUUUUAACUGAAAAACAACGUGCUGGACAAUAUGAUCGAGUAACAAGUGUUGUUACAUCAGAAGGAAAUAUCAAAUGUGACAUAUUUAUUAAUUGCACAGGAAUGUGGGCUCGUGAACUUGGAUAUCGAUCUUCACCAGGUGUACGCAUACCUACACAAGCAUGCGAAUACAUAUGUUUAAAAACAAAGCCGAUACCAAAUUUUCCAAAAGAUAUGCCUAUUGUUCACAAUCCAGAUGAACGUUUUUAUAUUCUACCAUUAGCUAAUGAUAGUGUUUUAAUUGGUGGCUUUCUUCGUGAAUCAAAGCCUAUUUUUUUAAAUGGUGUACCAGAUACAUUUAAUUAUUCACUUUUACCUGAUAAUUGGGAUGAUUUUCAUUGGAUAUUAAACAAUGCUAUCAAACGAUUUCCCAUUCUUGGUGAAAGUGAAUAUGACACAAUAAUAACAGGUGCUGAUAGUUAUACACCUGAUGGUCGAUUAAUUAUGAAUGAAUCUGCUGAAAUUGAUAAUUAUUUUGUCGCAUCUGGUACUAAUGGAAACGGUAUAGCAGUUGCCGGUGGCGUAGGAAAAUAUAUUGCAGAAUUAAUACAUACUGGAAAUACAGAUUUAAGUACAUGGCCUAUUGAUAUACGUCGUUUUAUGCGUUUGCAUACAAAUAAAAGAUUUUUAAAAGAUCGUCUUCGUGAAAUUCCUGGACAGCAAUAUUCUUUAAAGUACCCAACUUAUGGUAUGUCAUUAUAUCGUACAGGACGAAAAUUACGUGUGUCAGCAUUACAUCCAAAAUUACAAGCAGCUGGUGCUGUUUUUGGUGAAGUACUUGGAUAUGAACGACCAUUAUUUUUUAAUUUAGAUGAAUCUGAAAAAAGUGAAAAUAUUGAAGAUCUUAGUAAACAAGGUACAUUUGGUAAAGCACGUUGGUUUAAUAUUGUUAAGCGUGAAUAUAAUGCAUGUCGAAAAGGUGUUGCCGUUAUUGAUAUGACAUCAUUUACAAAAUACGAACUUAAAUCAGCUAAUCGAAGUGUUGUCGAUUUUCUUCAAAUGCUUUGUGCUAAUAAUAUUGAUAAACCAAUUGGCACUGUUAUUCAUACAGGUAUGCUAAAUGAACAAGGUGGUUAUGAAAAUGAUUGUUCCGUUAUACGUCUUGAUGACUAUCAUUUUCUUCUUAUAAGCCCAACGUCACAGUCAACAAGAAGUAUGAAAUGGUUAAAAUCUCAUGUACCAGAAGAUGGAUCAAUUUUCCUUUCGGAUGUAACAUCACUUUAUACAGCGUUGAAUGUUAUUGGACCAAAAGCUAAAUAUUUAUUAGCAGAAUUAAGUGAUGAAAAUUUUAAUGAUUUUGCAAGAAUGACUUGCAGAGAAAUUGAUGUUGGUUUUGUUAGUCAUAUUUAUGCGAUGAGAUUAACACAUACCGGUGAAGAUGGUUUCAUGUUGUAUAUUCCAUCGGAAUAUGCUUUGUGUGUAUAUGAACAGUUAAUGGAACAAGGAAAAGAUUAUGGAAUUAUUAAUGCUGGGUAUAAAGAGAUUGAAUUUGUAGUUUUGAUUACCGUUAUUUAUUUAUUUUUUGUUGUUAGUUAUUUUGCUCAACGAACUCUUCGAAUUGAACGAAUGUAUGCAUUUUGGGGGCAAGAUAUAGAUAAAACAACAACACCAUUUGAUUUAAAUCGUGAAUUUCGCGUUUCAUUUGAUAAAGAAUUUAUUGGUAAAGAAGCUUUAUUAAGACAAAAAAAAGAAGGUAUACAAAAGAGAUUUAUACAAUUUCUUCUUGAAGAUCAUGAUAAAGAUGCUGAUCCCUGGCCAUGGAGUGGUGAACCUAUUUAUCGCAAUGGUGAAUUUUGUGGUUUUGUUACUUCUACAGCAUAUGGUUUUACCCUUGGAAAACAAGUAGGUACUUCAGGCAUAUCAAAAAUAAUGGCGAAGGUAUGUUUGGGAUAUGUUCAUGCACCAAAUAAUGAAAACAUUACAACAAAUUAUAUACGUGGAGCAAAAUAUGAAAUUGACAUCGGCACAAAACGUUUUAAAGCACGUCCUAAUUUGUAUCAGCCAUCUGAAAUGGGUCCUACAGUUCAACUCAGUACACCAUAG